AUGUUCAGAAACUUAUUACGCUCUAACUCAUUUGCUCCAGUAGUCAGAUCAUCUGCUAGAACUUUAGCUACCGAGGCUUCAGUUCCAGCUAGAUUGAAGACUUUCCAAAUUUACAGAUGGAGUCCUGACACUCCAGAAAUUGAGCCAAAGAUGCAAUCUUAUGAAGUCGAUUUAAACAAGUGUGGUCCUAUGGUAUUAGAUGCUAUACUUAAGAUUAAAAACGAACAGGAUUCAACCUUAACUUUCAGAAGAUCUUGUAGAGAAGGUAUUUGUGGGUCAUGCGCAAUGAACAUCGGUGGAACCAACACAUUAGCUUGUUUAUGCAGAAUAGAUACCGACACCAACAAGGAUUUAAAGAUCUAUCCAUUACCUCAUAUGUUCAUUGUCAGAGACUUGGUCCCAGAUUUGACUCAUUUCUACAAGCAAUACAAAUCUAUUCAGCCAUACUUGCAAAGAGAAACCCAUCCUGCAGAUGGACGUGAAAACUUGCAAAGUAUUGAAGACAGAGCAAAGUUGGAUGGUCUUUAUGAAUGUAUUUUGUGUGCCUGUUGUUCAACUUCUUGUCCAUCGUACUGGUGGAAUCAACAAGAAUACUUAGGUCCUGCAGUUUUGAUGCAAGCUUACAGAUGGUUGAUUGAUUCUAGAGAUGAAGCUGGUAAAUUAAGAAGGGAAAUGUUACAGAACAGUAUGUCGUUAUACAGAUGUCACACUAUUAUGAAUUGUUCAAGAACUUGUCCAAAAGGAUUGAACCCAGGUAAGGCUAUUGCUGAAAUCAAGAAGCAAUUGGCUUUUGAUUGA